AUGUCCAAAAGGUUCAAGAGUGAUGUUCCUAGUAAUAAUGAAGAGGAAGAAAAUGAAAAUGAAAAUGAACCUUAUGAAUUUCAAUCCAAAAGUACAGAAAGGUACAAAGACUAUAAUACUGAUAAUAAGAGGAAAGUACAUUUUGAAAAACUAAAUAGUACGGUUUUUGAUUUAUAUUUUAAUCAUGAAGAUAAAUAUAAGGAUUAUGAUUAUAGCAGGCCUGAUUUGAUAAGAUUGGCAACAGGUAACUUAAAUAAAGAUAAUAAUCAUAUUACGAAGAAGAGGAAACGAAUAAAAAGUAAUAGCAGUAAUAAUGAUUUGGCAUCAAAACUAAGGAUGAAAAUAUGUGAAAAUGAUGGUUCAUUCUCAAAAACUCCCGACUUUAGUGCGUCACCGGUAACUAUGUAUCAGCCUAAAGACACAAUCAGGACAAGUAAAAAUUCCUCCUCAAAACAGACCAAAAGUCAUCUGAAUACCAAUGCUGACAUUACUACUAACUUAUAUUGGACCAAGGACGGAUUCCAUAAAUUUAAUGAACAGCCAUCAGAAUCACAAUCACAAUCACGAUCACACCAUGAAGAUAUACAUAUAUCCAAACAGGAACAGGAUCAUGAGAAUGAUAAUGUCACUAGAAUUCAAGGUAGCCAACAGACAAGAAAUAAUGCACUUGCGCCAAUGGAAGCAAUGGACCAUUCAGUUUAUAAGUACCAUAUUGCUACGCGAUAUCCUAACUGUAUUUGGGAGCCUAAACAAAGGAAUUCAAAAGAACAUGAAAAUACAAUGACACAGCAUAGUAAUGAUAGACAUCGACAUCAAUAUCGACAUCAGGAUAGAACCAACAGAAAAAAAAGUAAGCAUAUUACUCAUUUCAUAACCUUUUUAUACCAAUUUUUAUAG